CUUUGUCAGAACAAGUCACACUGGUCUGGUUUGUGUUUCUGGGAAACAGUCAGCUUGAGCUUUGUGAAGAGGUGAAUCACAAGAAAAAAAAAAUCCAAAAUGAGUCUCUUUGAGGAUCAAGUGAAAGGGAACGAUGAAAGUUUGAUGGAAGGUGAGAGAUCAGACCCACCUGAACCCAGCCAAGUGUCUAUGAAGACUGACAGGUCAAUGGAUCAACCAUGGAAUUUGAGAGACAGAAACAGUUCUACUGACCUGAGUUUGAUGGAAGGUGAGAGAUCAGACCCACCUGAACCCAGCCAAGUGUCUAUGAAGACUGACAGGUCAAUGGAUCAACCAUGGAAUUUGAGAGACAGAAACAGUUCUACUGACCUGAGACUCCAGAAAGAGAAAUCAAAAGUAACCAGCAGAAAUCAAAUGGAAUCCAUAUUUAAGGAGUUGGAGCCUGAAGCCAUCACACUGCUGAAGAGUGAAAUGAAUAAUUUAAUGAAUCUGCUGAGUCCAGAUCACACAUCAUGCUCUGAGAGGGAAGUAGAUGAUGAAGAUGAUCAAAGUCCUGCCAGAAAGGGUGUACGGAUAAUGUUAAUGGGCCUCUUAGAGAAGAACCACCCAGAUCUUGCCAACACACUGCAGAACAGGCUGGACUAUGUGAUUCAUAAAAAAAAUAAAUACCAAAUGAUCAAGAAAUGUAAAAGAAUUAAUGAAGGAAUCUCACAGAAUGGAAGCUCGGCUUUUCUGAAUGAGAUCUACACUGAGCUCUACAUCACAGAGGGUUGGAGUGGAGACAUCAAUAAUGAACAUGAGGUGAGACAGAUUGAGGCAGCGUCCAGGACACCAUCAACACAGGAGAAACCCAUCAAAUGUAAUGAUCUCUUUAAAGACAAGUCCAUCAGAACUGUGCUGACUAAAGGAAUAGCAGGCAUUGGAAAAACUGUCUCUGUGCAGAAGUUCAUCCUGGACUGGGCUGAAGAAAAAGCAAAUCAGGACGUCACCUUCAUGUUUCCACUUCCCUUUAGAGAGCUGAAUCUGAUGAAGGACAGAAAGUUCAGUCUCAUGAAACUUCUUCAUCACUUUUUCACAGAAAUACCAAAAGUAGAAUCAAUAGACAGUGAUUCCUACAAAAUCUUGUUGAUCUUUGAUGGUCUGGAUGAGUGUCGACUUCCUCUAAAUUUCCAGAAGAAUGAGAUAUUGUGUGAUGUGACAGAGUCGGCCUCAGUGGAUGUGCUGCUGACGAACCUCAUCAAGGGGAAUCUGCUUCCCUCUGCUCUCCUCUGGAUAACCACAAGACCAGGAGCAGCCAAUCAGAUCCCUCCUGAGUGUGUAGACCAGGUAACAGAGGUACGAGGCUUCAGUGAUCCUCAGAAAGACGAGUACUUCAGGAAGAGGAUCAAUGAUCAGAGCCUGGCUGAUAACAUCAUCACUCACCUGAAGUCUUCAAGAAGCCUCUACAUCAUGUGCCACAUCCCAGUCUUCUGCUGGAUCUCAGCCACUGUUCUAGAGAGAAUGUUGGGUGAAGCAGAGGGUGGAGAGAUCCCCAAGACUCUGACUCAAAUGUUCACACACUUCCUGAUCUUUCAGAUCAAACACAAGGACCAAAAGUACCAUCAUAAAUGUGACCCUGAUCCUCAGCAGACCAGAGAGACUAUAUUGGCACUGGGAAAACUGGCUUUCCACCAGCUGGAGAAAGGAAACCUGAUCUUCUAUGAGGAAGACCUGAGAGAGUGUGGCAUUGAUGUCAGAGAAGUGUCAGUGUACUCAGGAGUGUGUACCCAGAUCUUCAGAGAGGAGUUUGGGCUUCACCUGGGGAAGGUGUUCAGCUUCGUACAUCUGAGUGUUCAGGAGUUUCUGGCUGCUUUAUAUGCAUUUUUCACCUUCAUAUUAAAUAACAAAAUUGUUAUAGGGGAGGAAAUCACUAGGAUUAUUUAUAUCUUUAAAAACCCAAGCAUUUCUGACCUACUGAAGAGUGCAGUGGACAAGGCCUUAAAGAGUAAGAAUGGACACCUGGACCUGUUCCUCCGCUUCCUUCUGGGUCUCUCACUGGAGACCAAUCAGACUCUCUUACAAGGCUUAAUGCCACAGACAGGAAGUAGCUCUAAUAACAACGAUGAAAUAGUCAACUAUGUCAGGAGGAAGAUCGGAGAGAAUCCAUCUCCAGAGAAAUUCAUUAAUCUGUUCCACUGCCUGAAUGAAAUGAACGGCAAUACAUUAGUAAAUGAAAUUCAAACUUACCUGAAGAGGUCCAGUAAAAGUGCUUUCAGUAGAACCAGACUGUCUUCUGCUCAGUGGUCAGCUCUGGUGUUUGUAUUACUGAGCUCACAAGAGGAAAUGGAUGAGUUUGACUUGACAAAAUAUCGUUCAUCAGAAGAGUGUCUUCUGAGGUUGCUGCCAGUGGUUGAAAACUCAGCCAAAGCUGUGUUGAGUAUGUGUAAUCUGACAGAAGAAAGCUGUAGAGCUCUGUCCUCAGUUCUCAGCUCAAAGUACAACAGCCUGAGAGAACUGAACCUGAGUUCGAAUAACCUGCAGGAUUCAGGAGUGAAGCUGCUCUCUGAUGGACUGAAGAAUCCACACUGUAAACUGGAGAUACUCUGGCUGUGUAACUGCAAUCUCACAGAGGAAAGCUGUGCAGUGUUGUCCUCAGUUCUUAGUUCUAACUCUUCCUGUUUGAAAGAACUAAACUUAAGUGGCAAUAAACUGUAUGAUUCCGGAGUGAAGAAGCUCUCUGAGGGACUGAAGGAUCCACACUGUAAACUGGAGAUACUCUGGCUGCGUGCAUGUGAACUUCAAGAGGAAAGCUGUGCAGAACUUUCCACAGUUCUCAGUUUGAACUCCUCCAGUCUGAGAGAACUAUAUCUGAGGAGCAAUAUCCUGAAAGAUUCAGGAGUGAAGCUGCUCUCUGUCGGGUUGCAGAAUCCACACUGUAAGCUGGAGAAACUGGGGUUGGUAGGGUGCAGUAUCACAAAUGAAGGCAUUGUAGCUCUAGUUUCAGCACUGAGGUCAAACACCUCAACACAGCUGAAAGACCUGGAUGUGUAUGGAAAUAAACCUGGAAACUCUGGAGUGAACCAGCUGAAAGAUCUACUGCAGGACAGAAACUCAAAACUGGAGACUUUAGACAUCCAGACAUUUAAAUCGUGAUGUGGAAUGAACAUCAUGCACAUGAUUAAGUCUUACAGUGCAACGACAAAACAUUGUGAACUAUUCUGGCUUCAAACCACCAAAUUCCACAGAGACUGCUCUUUUGGAUGUCACUGAGAUUUUACAUGCUGCUAGUCCAGACAAACUGUCAUCAGUCCUCAUCAUCCUCGACCUUUCAGCAGACCCUCAUGAUUCUUGAAAUCCGUGGCACAGCAUGGCAAUGGAUUGCUUCUUACCAAGAUGCCGGUUAUAUCGAUCAAGAUGUGGAGGACACUCAACUCCUUCCCUCCCUCAGACACAUCUUUCUGUCCAGAUCUAAGUAUGUCUGGCAGACAUCUCAGACUGAGUGGGGACAGCAGCAACUAGAAAAUAGAUAGACCCCCAAAACAAAACCAUGUGCCAAGGGAAAACCCCCAACAUAACGGUUGCAGUAGAAGCUGGUAGGUCCGGAACUGAUCAAAGAUCGGAGAAGAGUCAUCCAGGGCUGAGCAAAUGUCGGCGUAUUUGCGACGAGCGCGUUGCUGUAGUCAGUUAAGCGAAGAGCUUUUUUAAA